CUCCUCUCUGGGAAGUAAGGGACAAACAGUGCUGCCCAUAGAGGGAACAAGAGUCAUUUGGGGAACAAAAGAAAUUUCCAGGGACAGAGUCAUUCAGGGAGGGAGGGAUAGAUAAAGCUACAUGUGUCUGGCUGGGUUACAGAGCAAAGAAUAGAGAAGUGUCUGAAAACAGCUAUCUGAGGACGAGGUGAAUUGUUGGAGGAGGGGACAGGAGAGAUAGCAGAGCUAUUUCAAGAGUGAGCAGUAGAAGGGAACAAGAAUCCACGGACGGUCUAAGCGAGGAAGGGUCCAGAGGCAGUGAGGGAAGGCCAGGACCAGGCCGAGGCCAGGGCAGGCACGAUCGCUGAGGGGAUGAACUUCACAGUGGGUUUCAAGCCGCUGCUAGGGGAUGCACACAGCAUGGACAACCUGGAGAAGCAGCUCAUCUGCCCCAUCUGCCUGGAGAUGUUCUCCAAACCAGUGGUGAUCCUGCCCUGCCAGCACAACCUGUGCCGCAAGUGUGCCAACGACGUCUUCCAGGCCUCGAACCCUCUGUGGCAAUCCCGGGGCUCCACCACUGUGUCUUCCGGAGGCCGUUUCCGUUGCCCAUCUUGCAGGCAUGAGGUUGUCCUGGACAGACAUGGCGUCUAUGGCCUGCAGCGAAACCUACUAGUGGAGAACAUUAUCGACAUUUACAAACAAGAGUCUUCCCGACCACUGCACUCCAAGGCUGAGCAGCACCUUAUGUGCGAGGAGCAUGAAGAGGAGAAGAUCAAUAUCUACUGCCUGAGCUGUGAAGUGCCCACCUGCUCUCUCUGUAAGGUCUUCGGUGCCCACAAGGACUGUGAGGUGGCCCCCCUGCCCACCAUUUACAAACGCCAGAAGAGUGAGCUCAGCGAUGGAAUCGCAAUGCUGGUGGCCGGCAACGACCGCGUGCAGGCAGUGAUCACACAGAUGGAGGAGGUGUGCCAGACCAUAGAGGACAACAGCCGGCGGCAGAAGCAGUUACUAACCCAGAGGUUCGAGGCCCUGUGCGCGGUGCUGGAAGAGCGCAAGGCUGAGUUGCUGCAGGCGCUGGCCCGCGAGCAGGAGCAGAAGCUGCAGCGCGUGCGGGGCCUCAUCCGCCAGUACGGAGACCACCUGGAGGCUUCCUCUAAGCUCGUGGAGUCGGCCAUCCAGUCCAUGGAGGAGCCACAGAUGGCGCUCUACCUCCAGCAGGCCAAGGAGCUGAUCAAUAAGGUCGGGACAAUGUCGAAAGUGGAGCUGGCAGGACGGCCAGAGCCGGGCUAUGAAAGCAUGGAUCAGUUCACCGUGAGCGUGGAGCACGUGGCCGAAAUGCUGAGGACCAUCGACUUCCAGGCGGGCGCUUCCGGGGAGGAAGAGGAUGAGGAGGUGGCGUUGGAGGGAGACGAGGGCAGCGCGGGGCCAGAGGAAGAGCGGCCGGAUGGGCCGGAAGGCACCGGCGGGCACUGACCCGCCCCCGCUUUGGGGAGCCCGCGCACCUGGGGCCUGGCGCUCGGGUCGCGGAGGACCUGCGCAGAGACCACCGCGCCACACAGCUCGGCGCCCCGCCACGGGGGAGGGACUCAAUAAAGGGCUAACGAGUCCAAACCC